AUGGCAUCGUCUUCGCUUUCUGGUGGAGUUAGAGUGGAAGUGGAAUCAGAAUUGUUGGAGAAGAAGGGUUCAGCGAAUGUUCCGGAAGAUUCAGCGACAACAGACAUUGGAAUUGUUAGUCCGCGGAUAAUACGGCAAACUACUAACAUGCGCGAGCCAAUCGAACCACGGGUACGAUUAGCUAUAACGUUAAAGUAUUUGGCUACCGGAGACUCCUACACAAGUUUGCAAUUUUUUUUCAAGGUGUCCGUUACAACUAUAGCCCGAAUUGUUCCUGAAGUUUGUGCUUGCCUCAUCGAGGUUCUAGGACAUCAUGUGAAGAUACCGUCUACUAGAGAAGACUGGUUACGUGUCUCCAAUCAAUUUGAGCUGAAAUGGAAUUUUCCUCACGCCAUCGGGGCCAUUGACGGAAAGCACGUGCGAAUUCAAGCACCGAAAAACAGUGGCUCCGAAUAUUUCAACUAUAAACACUUUUAUAGUGUUGUACUAAUGGCUAUUGUUGACGCGGACUACAAUUUCCUAUAUGCUGAUGUCGGCUGUCCAGGCAGGAUGUCAGAUGGCGGUGCCUUUCAGCGGAACGCAUCCUACCGGAUCUCCUGA